UCUCUCCUCUCCCUCAGUUUAGUUGUUGCAGCGAUGUACAUGCUGCCUGGACUCCUCUGCUCCUCCUCCUCAUCUUCCUUCUUGUCUCCUUACUGGUCAUCCAGCAGGGACUCUGAAGGAGCGUUUGGGGGAGAGCGACGCUGAAGUGGACCUACUGUGAACCAGGAGGAGAGAAACACCUUGAAAACUGGAUCUGAAGAAGAAGCACAAAGGCCAUGAUCGACUGGCCUAAUGUGACAGCGUCCAGCUACGAGGAGCUGGACCUAAAACCUGAGGAGCCGCAGAGAUCCAAAUGUGUCCUUGGCUUCAUUCCGGUCAUUUACUACAGUGUUCUGCUUUGUGUGGGAGUACCAGUAAACAUCCUCACAGCAGUGGCCCUGUGCAGACUGGCAUGCCGCACCAAGAAACCUCUGUACUACUACCUUUUAGCAGUGACAGGCUCAGAUAUUCUUUCCCAGCUCUUCAUCAUCUUUGUUGGAUUCCUGCUAGAGACGGCUGUUUUUCACCGCGAUGUCCCUACUGUCCUGCUGCACGUGGUCAGUGCUGCAGAGUUUGCUGCUAACCACGCCUCCAUCUGGUCCACCAUACCCCUCACUGUGGACCGUUAUGUGGCGCUGUGCCACCCCUUGCUCCACCGACAGAUCAGCUACCCGGCACGGGCCAGGAAGAUCAUUGCAGCGGUGCUGGUGUUGUCGCUCACGUCGGGCAUACCUUUCUUCUGGUGGUCAGACAUGUGGAGAGACAGCCACCCUCCCACAGUGCUGGACGCAGUCCUUAUAUGGACACAUGUUACCAUCAUCUACUUCCUGCCAUGUAGCAUCUUUUUGGUGCUGAACUCUUUAAUAAUCCGCAAGCUGAGGAUAAGGCAGAGGCAGCAGCCCUGCCAAGAGGAGCGUGGGCCUCCACGCCGUCUAGGAAAAACCACGGCCUUGCUGCUGGCGCUCACCUCUGUGUUCUCAGUUCUCUGGGCUCCUCGGACUGUUGUAGUCAUCUACCACCUGUAUGUUUCCUCUGUUCACCAGGAUUGGCAUGUCCACUUGGCCUACGACCUAUCCAAUAUGCUGGCCAUGCUCAACACAGCUGUCAAUUUUUUCCUUUAUUGCUUCGUUAGCAGACCUUUCCGCAGCGUCGUGCGGGACAUCGUGCAGCUCAGAGGAGGGCCACUGCACCCUCGCCGGCCUCUACCCCAGCAACAGGCCCCCAACAAUGCCUCCAACUCAUCUCUCUACAGUGGGAACAACAAGCGCUCGCAACGAGACUCCACGCCCUUGUCACCUCGUAGAAACAGAAAGCCCUGGUGACCUGGUGUUUCCCCCCAUUAAUCCAAAACACCCGUCGUCCCACGGUCCCGGUGCACAUCAAACCCCAGGGACCAGCACUGAGUUCCAGCCACGACUGUGGACAGUUGCCAGUCAGCCCUGGAGCUCUCUCACAGGGCUUCAAACGAUCUGAACUUUCAUGGUUUUUUGUCUUCUCUGACAUGGAGUUGUUUGUUUUAGUAAAUCAAGCAAAAUGGCUGUUUAUUUAUCUUUGCAACAAAGAAUUUGACUAAAUUAAAGUGGAUGUUUUUUUUCUUUUCCAUAUUUGGUAGAAAUUUUACAUGUUUUUCAAUCUGCUAGUCGUCGAGGGUAAGAAAAUAAUAGAAUAAAUCACAUGCUUGCCGCUAAAUGUAAAAAAUGAGUCUGCUGUGUCGCUACAGUUGUUACGUAAGUCUAGGAAAUGAUAAAAAGGAGUUUGAAAUGUGACCGGUUCAUUUGUAAGCAGUUUGUUAUAAACCACAGAUUUUAAGCCAGUCGAGCAAAGAAACUGUACCCCACAGCACACUCUCAGGAACAAAAUCUGCUUCUGUUUGAAUUACGAGUAGAUUUUCUGUGAAAUGAAAUGAGAAGCUGCACACAAGGUAGGAGUGAAGACUUGCUCUGUAAACAAGUCCUCAAUCUGUGGUGACACCAACCAACAUGACUUCAGCUCUGCCGAAGCAAACUACAGAUCGGCCGUGGAUGUGUGCACAACCCUAACACAGAAAACACGGUACAGCUUUUCAUGCAUGCAUGAUCAUGUGCACGCAUAGCCAGCUAGUACAUUUCCAUUUUCACCAAAGCACUGAAUCAGUGAAGCCUCAUGAAAGCUGCAUCAGUUAUAACUGUAUCUAAACAUACUACCUGAAACUGUACAAGUUAUGGUUUAAUGCCACACCUGAUUUUUCAAGUGGCUUAUUGUGUAUAAUAUGUUUUUUUUAUUAUUCAUGCAGUACAAAAGUAAGUGUUGGAUGUUUUGUUUUUU